AUGAAGUCUCAGUUUGUGCGAGUGAAGGAGGAGUUUCCGGGUGGUGCAGCAGCAGCUCCACAGCCAAUUGAGGGGCUUCACGACGUGGGUCCCCCACCUUUUCUGACGAAGACGUAUGAGAUCGUUGAAGAUCCGGCGACCAAUCAUGUCGUUUCUUGGAGCCGAGGGAACAACAGCUUUGUCGUUUGGGAUCCCCAGAACUUUGCCAUGAGUCUUCUCCCCAGAUAUUUCAAGCACAACAAUUUCUCAAGCUUUGUUCGGCAGCUCAACACUUAUGGAUUUAGAAAAGUUGAUCCAGAUAGGUGGGAGUUUGCUAAUGAGGGAUUUCUGAGAGGACAAAAGCAUCUCCUAAAGAACAUUAGGAGGAGGAAACCAUCUCAACCCGCUCAGUCUUCUUCACAGCAAGCUAAUUUAGACCCGGCUUGUGUCGAAGUGGGACGGUUUGGAUUAGACGGAGAGGUCGACCGUUUAAGGCGUGACAAGCAGGUUCUAAUGGUGGAAUUGGUGAAACUUAGACAGCAACAGCAGAACACAAGAUCUUACCUCCAAGCAAUGGAAGAUAGGCUAAAGAGGACUGAGCUUAAGCAACAACAAGUGAUGAAUUUCUUGUCAAGGGCAAUGCAGAACCCCAACUUUGUGCAACAAUUAGUCCAACAGAAUGACAAAAGGAGAGAGCUAGAGGAAGCGAUUUCUAAGAAGAGAAGGCGACCGAUCGAGCAAGGACCAAGCGUUGUCGAUCAAGUAGUAGUUGAUGAUGGUGAUGAUGAUAUUGGUUUAGGCCAAAGCAGUGGAGGAGCUGAGAAUAUCUUUGUGAAAAUGGAGCCCCAAGAUUAUAACAUUGACAUGGGCGCCGAAUUCGACCAAGAAGUUGAUGAAUUGGAUGAGCUCACCACUAUUGACAUGCAAGGAAUGAGUAGUGGAGCUAUUAGCCAAAAGAACAACACAGAAUUAGAAGAAGAAGUUCAUGGGAGUUUUAGUAAUAGAGAUAUAGAGCUUGAUGAAGGAUUUUGGAUAAACUUGUUGAAUGAGAGCAUGGAAGAGGAAGUCGGAAUUUUGGGUGUUGAUGAUGAAGAAGAUGAGGAAGAUCAUGUAGACAUUCUGGCUGAGCAGCUUGGUUUUUUGGCCUCUAGCCCCAAGUAAAGAA